AUGAGUAAUAAAUGUAAAAGUUGGGUGUGGCUGUACGCUAAACGUCAAGGCGAUAAAGCUUAUUGUGAUUUGUGUACGGAAAAUGAAAAUAAUGAAUUUUGUUGUAUUGGUGGAACAACAGGAUCUUUGGGUAGACAUUUGAAAACUAUACAUGGUAUAAAACCACUCACCACUGUAACACGAAGGGUUGCUUCUGGUCGUGAGCUGGAUAAUGCCGAUACCUUAGCCAGUUCAACUAUGACUUCAAGUUCUUCAGAAGUACAAAGUUCGGAAAUUGGUGCACCAAUACCUAGAAAACGACGACGAACUUAUAAGAAUCAGGAAGACGAUCGAAUUUGCAACUCCGAUAAAACAGAGCAGAUACAUCAAGCAUUAGCAAAAAUGAUAGCCUUGAAUCAAAUGCCCCUAUCUUUUUGUUCAAGUGAAGGAUUUAAACAGUUUAUGACAGUUGUCGAACCUAACUACAAAAUUUGCAAGGAAGGAGCAAUAAAAUCAAGAUUGAAAGCAUUAAAAUCAUCAGUAAAAGAAAUAAUUCAAAAAAACUUGAGAGAUUCUAUAAGUAUAGCUUGUACAUCUGACUGUUGGUCAUCGAUAUCUCAACAAAGCUAUAUUACAGUUAGUGCUCAUAUAAUUGAUAAUCAAUGGUGCCCAAAGUCGUAUACACUUACUACACAUGAAAUGGAGGAAUCUCAUAAUAACGCAAGAAAUAUAAUAAAUGCUGUAAAUUCACUGACGAAUGUAUCCGAAACAUAUGAUUUAACCUGCGCUGCUCAUAGUAUUCAACUCGCGGUCAAUAAUGGAUUACAACAAGAUGGCAUUGAUACACUUAUUCAGUUAAGUAGUAAAGUGGUAGGUCAUUUUAAACAUUCUAAUUUGGCUAAACAUGCUUUAACAAAAAUGCAAGAGCAGCUGGGAUUAAACCAACUAAGUCUCAUACAAAGUUGUAAAACAAGAUGGGAUUCUGUUUAUAUGAUGUUAGAUCGUCUUUAUACAAAUAGAUGCGCUGUAACAAACGUCUUAGCUGACCGCAGUAUAACUAAUGUUGCAAUUGCAAAAAAGUUGGAUAUUUCAGAAUGUGACUGGACAAAAAUGGAAACUGUAGUAGCUUUGUUAAAACCAUUACAAGUUGUAACAACAGUUUUUUGUGGCGAAACACAUUCACCGGGAUCAAUGGUUAGACCUCUUAUUUCAAAAGUGAUAGAAAAACAUUUGAAAAUUAAUACAUAUGAUAGUGAAGUUGUUGUCAGUUUUAAACAGACAGUGGUGUCACAACUAAUAGAACGUUUUAAGCUUAAUAAUUUAACAAACAUCAUAUCUUCAAGACAAGUAGCAUCAUUUUUAGACCCAAGAUAUAAAGAUUUGGAACAUGAGGAAAUCGAAGUAAGAGAAAAUAUCCGUUGCAAAGUACAAAAUUUACUGGUCGAAACGAAUACUUCGGAAAAUAGAGUGGAUAAUGAAGUUCCUAUCCAAAAAAAGAAAGGAGCACUUGAAUAUUUAUACGGCGAUGAAGUUCAUGAAGUCAACGAUGUUUCGACGCAAUUUCAAUGUUACCUUGCAGAACCACAACUGAGAUACGAUUUUGAUCCAUUUGAAUGGUGGAAGUCACAUGAAAAAAAAUAUCCUCUGGUAGCAAUGGCAGCAAAGAAAUUUUUGUCAAUACCAGCCACAUCGGUAAGCUCAGAAAGAUGUUUUUCAACUGCCGGGAAUGUGGUUACGCCCAAAAGAAACAGUUUGGCACCAGAAAAUGUCAAUAUGUUAAUAUUUUUAUAUCAAAAUCGUCAACUUAUGUUAUAA